AUGAAGUCUGACGAAGCAAACACCACUGUCUACAACAUCAUUCAUUCUUUCAUCUAGAUGACAGUUAGGCCUUGCUAAGAACUGUGGGGCAAGCUGGAAAGUAUUAGAUAUAGUUCCUGCCCUGUGUGUCUAUUUUAUUAAGGGGAGAAAAGAACUAAAUUAUUAACUAUAAUCAAAAUUUGAAAUAAUGUGUCACAAAAGUGGUAAAACUAUAGAGGGAAAAGAUAAUUUAUCUUUGUUGUUUUCUUAGGCGCCGUCGAGUCAGUUCCGACUCAUAGCAACCCUAUGAACAACAGAACGAAACACUGCCCAGUCCUGUGCCAUCCUUACAAUGGUUGUUAUGCUUGAGCCCAUUCUUACAGUCCACUUCAUUGAGGGUCUCCCUUUUUACCGCCGACCCUGUACUUUACCAGGCAUUAUGUCCUUGUCCAGGGACUGAUCCCUCCUGACAACCUGUCCAAAAUAUGUAAGACACAGUCUCGCCAUCCUGGUUGUGCUCCUUCCAAGACAGAUUUUUUCAUUCUUUUGGCAUUCCAUGGUAUACUCAAUAUACUUCACCAACACACCAAUUCAAAGGCGUCAGUUCUUCGUUCUUCCUUAUUUGUUGUCCAGCUUUCACAUGCAUACGAAGCUAUUGAAAAUAACAUGCCUUGGGUCAGGGGCACCUUAGUCUUCAAGGUGACAUCUUUGCUCCUCAACACUUUAAAGAGGUCCUUUGCAGCAGAUUUGCCCAAUGCAAUGCGUCCUUUGAUUUCUUGACUGCUGCUUCCGUGGGUGUUGAUUGUGGAUCCAAGUACAAUGAAAUCCUUAACAAUUUCAAUCUUUUUUCCAUUUAUCAUGAUGUUGCUUAUUGGUCCAGUUGUGAGGAUUUUUGUUUUCUUUAUGUUGAGGUGUAAUCCAUACUGAAGGCCGUGUCUUUGAUCUUCAUUAAUAAGUGCUUCAAGUCCUCUUCACUUUCAGCAAGCACGGUUGUAUCAUCUGCAUAAUGCAGGUUGUUAAUGAGUCUUCCUCCAAUCCUGAUGCCCCGUUCUCCUUCACAGAGUCCAGCUUCUUGGCUUAUUUGCUUAGCAUACAGAUUGAAUAGGUAUGGUGAAAGGAUACAACCCUGACACACACCUUUUCUGACUGUAAACCAAUCAGUAUCCCCUUGUCCUGUCCGAACAACUGCCUCUUGAUCUAUGUAAAGGUUCCUCGUGAGCACAGUUAAGUGUUCUGGAAUUCCCAUUCUUUCCAGUCUUGUCCAUAAUUUGUUAUGAUCCACACAGUUGAAUGCCUUUGCGUAGUCGAUAAAACACAGGUAAACAUCCUUCUGGUAUUCUCUGCUUUCAGCCAGGGUCCAUCUGACAUCAACAAUGAUAUCCCUGGUUCUGCACCCUCUUCUGAAUCCGGCCUGAAUUUCUGGCAGUUCCCUGCCAAUAUACUGCUGCAGCCGCUUUUGAAUUAGCCUCAGCAAAAUUUUGCUUGUUUGUGAUAUUAAUGAUAUUGUUCUAUCAUUUCUGCAUUCAGUUGGAUCACCUUUCUUGGGAAUAGGCAUAAAUAUGGAUCUCUUCCAGUCAGUUGGCCAGGAAGCUGGCUUCCGUAUUUCUUGGCAUAGACAAGUGAGCACUUCCAGCGCUGCAUCUGUUUGUUGAAACAUCUCAAUUGAUAUUUUGUCAAUUCCUGGAGCCUUGUUUUUCGCCCAUUCCUUCAGAGCAGCUUGGACUUCUUCCUUCAGUACCAUUGGUUCCUGAUCAUAUGCUACCUCUUGAAAUGGCUGAAGGUUGAUUAAUCUUUCUGGUGUAAUGACUGUGUGUAUUUUUCCACCUUCUUUUGAUGUUUCCUGCUUCAUUUAAUAUUUUCCCCAUAGAAUCCUUCACUACUGCAACUCAAGCCUUGAAUUUUUCUUCAGUUCUUUCAGCUUGAGAAACACCGAGCAUGUUCUUCCUUUUUGGUUUUCUAUCUCCAGCUCUUUGCACAUGUCAUUAUAAUACUUUACUUUGUCUUAUUGAGCCACCCUUUUAAAUCUUCUCUUCAACUCUUUUACUUAGUCAUUUCUUCCUUUUGCUUUGGCUGUUCAACAUUCGAGAGCAAGUUUCAGAGUCUCUUUUGACAUCCAUUUUUGUCUUGUCUUUCUUUCCAGUCUUUUCAAUGACCACUUGCUUUCUUCAGGUAUGAUAUCCUUGAUGUCAUUACAUAAUUUGUUUGGUGUUCGGUCAUUAGUGUUCAAGGUGUCAAAUCUAUUCUUGAGAUGGUCUCUAAAUUCAGGUGAGAUAUACUCAAGAUUGUAUUUUGGCUCUUGUGGACUUGCACUGAUUUUUUUCAGUUUCACCCUGAACUUGCAUAUGAGCAAUUGAUGGUCUAUUCCACAGUCGGCUCCUGGCCUUUUUCCGACUGAUGAUAUUGAACUUUUCCAUUGCCUCCUUCCACAGAUGUAGUGGACUUGAUUCCUGAGUAUUCCAUCUGGCGAGAUCCAUGUGUAUAGUCACCCUUUAUGUUGGUGAGAUAAGUUAUUUGCAAUGAAGAAGUCAUUGGUCUUGUGAAAUUCUAUCAUUCAAUCUCCAGCAUUGUUUCUAUCACCAAGGCCAUAUUUUCCAACUAUCAAUCCUUCUUUGUUUCCAACUUUUGCAGUCCAUUCACCAGUACUUAUCAAUACAUCCUGAUUGCAUAUUCGAUCAAUUUCAGACUGCAGAAGCUGAUAAAAAUCUUCUUUUUCUUCAUCUUUGGCCUUAGUGGUUGGUUCACAAAUUUGAAUAGUCGUAUUAACUGGUCUUCUUUGUAGGUGUAUGGAUAUUAUCCUAUCACUGACAGCGUUUUGCUUCAGGAUAGAUCUUGAAAUGUUCUUUUUGACCAUGAAUGCAACACCAUUCCUCUUCAAGCUAUCAUUCCUGGCAUAGUAGACCAUAUGAUUGCCCAACUCAGAAUGACCAAUUCCAGUUCAUUUCAGCUCACUAAUGCCAAGGAUAUCGAUGUUUAUGUGUUCCAUUUCAUUUUUGACGAUUUCCCAUUUUCCUAGAUUCAUACUUCGUACAUUCCAGGUUCUGACUAUUAAUGGAUGUUUGCAGCUGUUUCUUCUCAUUUUGAGUCAUGCCACAUCAGCAAAUGAAGGUCUCAAAAGCUUUACUCCAUCCACAUCAUUAAGGUCUACUCUACUUUGAGGAGGCAGCUCUUCUCCAGUCUUUUGAGUGCCUUCCAACCUGGGGAGCUCAUCUUCCAGCACUAUAUCAGACAAUGUUCUGCAGCUGUUCAUAAGGUUUUCACUGGCUAAUACUUUUCAGAAGCAGACUGCUGGGUCCUUCUUCCUAGUCUAUCUUAGUCUGGAAGCUCAGCUGAAACCUGUCUUCCAUGGAUGACCCUGCUGAUAUCUGAAUACCAAUGGCAUAGAUUCCAGCAUCACAGCAAAACGCAAGCCCUCACAGUACGAUAAACUGACAGACACGACUUCUUCAUUCCAAAUACCUUCUUUCACCAACAUAAACGGCAACUAUAUACAUGCGACUCACCUGAUGGAACACACAGGAAUCAAAUUCACUACAUCUGUGGAAAGAGAUGAUGGAAAAGCUCAAAAUCAUCAGUCAGAACAAGGCCAGGGGCUGGCUGUGGAACAGACCAUCAAUUGCUCAUAUGCAAUUUCAAGCUGAAACUGAAGAAAAUCAUAGCAAGUCCACAAGAGCCAAAAUAUGACCUUGAGUAUAUCUCACCUGAAUUUAGAGACCAUCUUAAGAACAGAUUUGACUCCUUGAACACUAGUGACCAAAGACCAGACGAGUUGUGGAAUGACAUCAAGGACAUCCUACAUGAAGAAAGCAAGAGGUCAUUGAAUAGACAGGAAAGAAAGAAAAGACCAAGACAGAUGACAGAGGAGACUCUGAAACUUGCUCUCGAACAUCGAGAACCUAAAGCAAAGGGAAGAAAUGAUGAAGUAAAAGAACUGAACAGAAGAUUUCAAAGGGUGGCACCAGAAGACAAAGUAAAGUAUUAUAAUGACAUGUGCAAAGAACUGGAGAUAGAAAACCAAAAGGGAAGAACAUGCUCGGUGUUUCUCACCUGAAAGAACUGAAGAAAAAUUCAAGCCUCAAGUUGCAAUAGUGAAGGAUUCUAUGGGGAAAAUAUUAAACAAUGCAGGAAGCAUCAAAAGAAGAUGGGGGGGGGGAAUACACAGUGUCAUUAUACCAAAAAGAAUUAGUCGAUGUUCAACCAUUUCAAGAGGUAGCAUAUGGUCAGGAACCAAUGGUACUGAAGGAAGAAGUCCAAGCUGCUCUGAAGGCAUGGGUGAAAAACAAGGCUCCAGGAAUUGACAGAGUAUCAGUUGAGAUGUUUCAACAAAUGGAUGUAACUCUGGAGGUGCUCACUCCUCUAUGCCAAGAAAUAUGGAAGAGAGCUUCCUGGCCAACUGACUGGAAGAGAUCCAUAUUUAUGCCUAUUCCCAAGAAAAGUGAUCCAACCGAAUGUGGAAAUGAUAGAACAAUAUCAUUAAUAUCACACACAAGCAAAAUUUUGCUGAAGAUCAUUAAAAGAUGGCUGCAGCAGUAUAUCGACAGGGAACUGCCAGAAAUUCAGGCUGGAUUCAGAAGAGGACGUGGAACCAGUGAUAUCAUUGUGGAUGUCAGAUGGAUCCUGGCUGAAAGCAGAGAAUACCAGAAGGAUGUUUACCUGUGUUUUAUUGACUAUGCAAAGGCAUUCAAUGGUGUGGAUCAUAACAAAUUAUGGAUAACAUUGCAAAGAACGGGAAUCCCAGAACACUUAACUGUGCUCAUGAGGAACCUUUACAUAGAUCAAGAGGCAAUUGUUUGGACAGAAUAAGGGGAUACUGAUUGGUUUAAAGUCAGGAAAGUUGUGCGCCAGUGUUGUAUUCUUUCACCAUACCUAUUCAAUCUGUAUGCUGAGCAAAUAACCUUAAAAGCUGGACUAUAUGAAGAAAAACAGGGACAUCAGGAUUGGAGGAAGACUCAUUAACAACCUGCAUUAUGCAGAUGACACAACCUUGCUUGCUGAAAGUGAAGAGGACUUGAAGCACUUACUAAAGAAGAUCAAAGACCACAGCCUUCAGUAUAGAUUGCACCUCAAUAUAAAGAAAACAAAAAUCCUCACAACUGGACCAGUGAGCAAAAUCUUGAUAAAUGGAGAAAAGAUUGAAGUUGUCAAGGAUUUUAUUUUAGUUGGAAUCACAAUCAACAGCCACAGAAGCGGCAGUCAAGAAAUCGAAGGACACAUUGCAUUGGGCAAGUCUGCUGCAAAGGACCUCUUUAAAGUGUUGAAAAGCGAAGGUGUUACCUUGAAGACAGGUGCACCUGACCCAAGCCACGUUAUUUUCAAUUGCAUCAUAUGCAUGUGAAAGCUGGACAAUGAGUAAGGAAGACGGAAGAAGAAUUGACUCCUUCGAACUGUGGUGUUGGGAAAGAACAUUGAAUAUACCAUGGACUGCCAAAACAAUGAACAAUUCUGUUUUGGAAGAAGUACGACUGGAAUUGUCCUUAGAAGCAAGGAUGGCAAGACUACGCCUUACAUACUUUGGACAUGUGGUCAGGAGGGAUCAGUACCUGAAGAAGGACAUCAUGCUUGCAAAAUGCAGGGUCAGCGGAAAAGAGGAAGACCCUCAGUGAGGUGGACUGACAGUGGCUGCAACAAUGAGCUCAAGUAUAACAACAAUUGUAAGGAUGGCGUAGGACCGGGCAGUGUUUCGUUCUGUUGUGCAUAGGGUCACUAUGAGUUGGAAUCGACUCAACGGCACCUAACAACAACAACAACAUUAGUAAUUUUAGCACUAGCAGCACUAGUACAAGUAUUUGCACCCAUUAAACUUAAAUGUUCAAUGGAAGAAGUCUCUUCCGAUCCAUUACAUUUUAAAAGGAAGUUAAUUUUGGAAUUGCCUUUAGGAACUCACAAGUCCAUUUCUUCUUAUCUUCUGUGAGCUUUCGUUUUUGCACUCCACUUAGUUGUUGCCAUUUCAUUUUACCUGGAUUUAAAAUUAUGUCAUUUUUUAAAUUUGAUUCUACCAAAGCAAAUAAUUUGAAUAAUUAAAAAUAAAUAAAAUUUAUAAAGGAAGUAAAAUUUAUAAAAUAAAAUUUACGUUUUAAUUUGGACAUUAACACAAAAAUUUAUACUUGAAAGAUAGUAAUUUUCUGAAGAACAUGUGAUCUUGUUCUUUAGAUUUGAUAUAGUCAAAAGAAAUAGUACAAGGCACUCGGGAAGAAUUUCAUUUGUUUGGCCUCCAAUGUUUGUUGGCAGGCCCUCUGCAAAUAUCCACGAGGGUUUUUAACCUUGAAAGAAUACUUAAAAACUUGCGCACUUAGUUUCCAUCCUUUGAUGCUGUGUCUUCACAGUUCAGUGGGCUACUGCUGAUAUCCAACAGGGAUGAGAGGGAUCGCAAAGACCGUGAUACAAAUAUAAGUUUAUGCUCAAUACGAAGAUGCAUUUCGGUUCACUUUGCAUAGGACAGGACCAGUUAUGUCACGAGUCAUGUGUUUAUAGUGCCACUGGUGCGUUCUUAUGUGGUCAAAGAAAGAAAACUGAAUGUGAGGUUACACAUGAUCAGUCCAAAAUGAAAGGGGAAAUAUGAUUGUUUUCAAAUACAAUAUUUAUGAAAUGGACAUUUUAUUUCUUUGUGGAAUUAUUCAACUCUCGUAUUUGGAGAUAUACACAUAAUUGAUGUAACAAUAACACCACUUCUCGAUGCGCAAGUUUGUCUUGCGAGACAUAACAAUAUCAAUCAAUUUCUUAAAAGAAAGUCUGUCCAAAGGGAAAUGGAAAAUAAAAUACAUUUAUAUAAUUUUUAUUAUCUAAAUAUUCAUUUAAUUUAUUUCCUCGAGAAAUUGUUCAAUUUCCUUACACAGAGAGACAUAAAUAUUCUGGUAGAAUAUAGAUGUAGUGUUCUGUUAAAUGCCCUUUGUUGCUUUCUUGGAAGACGAAUUUAGAAACACUCAUUGUUGCAAAACAGAAACAUACUUUGCACGAUAAACAAAUAUUGAAUUUUGUACCCUUUUAAUGUGGCUAAUACCUCCUUUAUUAGCGCAUAUAGAAUAAUAUCAAGCACUAUGUCCUGCACAACAGACAAUAAAAAAACAAAAUUCACUGGAUACAGAAAUUAAAACUUUUCUCAUUAGAUAAAUAUCAAUAUUUCCAGUAUAUUUUGGACAUUUACUAUGUUAAUAUUAUAUUUAUUACCCAUGUAACUAUUAUAUCAAAUGUAUGCUAGAUGGCACCUGUGUGUAUGCCAAACAUUUUAAAAUUAAGGUUAUAAAUGUUAUUGUUUACAAAACUUAGGACAUAACUCUGUGCGUAAAUGCUGUACAGUUAAAAAAUAACUAUCGAAUUCAUUGCAAUGGUCAACUUAUUUGCCUCAGUUUUGCACAUCAUCUGGGACUGGAAUUCCCAUUGAUUGUUUACUAGGAUGUAUGCAAGAGCAUACCCUUGUAUUUGUAUCAUCGCAAAGAGCAUUGCUGGCCUUACUGGCUGGAGUUUUUGCAUCAGCAAAUGUGGAUGCACAUGACGGUACAUCCUCAAAAUGGGUCAGAGACCUGUUACCUAUUAUCUCUCCUUACCCAGUAACAGUUCAUGUUGGAUCCAUUUGCAUACGGGGUAAAUGCAGCAAGAAUUAGGCUUGACAAUCCACCGUUGUUUCUUAUUUAUUAGAAAGAAAUAGUAUACUCCCAAGAGACCCACUGACAUAAGAAUUUUCAGUUACGUGGGAGGGGACCAUAGGAGACAGAUGUCAACGAAAAUGUUGAAGUGGCAGGGGCCUUAAACAACCUUGUUCAUGGGCACCCUUGUGACCCUGCCUGAACUUUAUUUCCAGCUUGCAUAUUCUCACACAUUAGAACUAUUAUCAAUUUCAUUCAAUGCCCUGCUACUUCCCCUUCCGGAAACCCUGGUGGCGUAGUGGUUAAGUGCUAACCAAAGGGUCCGUAGUUUGAAUCCGCCAGGUGCUCCAUGGGGCAGUUCUAUUCUGGCCUGAAGGGUUGCUAUGAGUUGGAAUUGACUCAACGGCACUGGGUUUGGUUUUGGUUUUUGGUUACUUCCCUUCCACUGUGGCACUUGCUUUUCCUUGUGUCCUGUCUUCUUGGGAUCUAUGGGUCUUUGCUUCAGACAAUCAAUUUCCCUGCUUUGUUGAUGCCUUAAGCACAUACUUACCUUACUUAUUGGAUAAUCUGUCCUUGCUCUCCUGGAUCUCCUGUCUGGAUUCCUCAUUCUCCUAGUUUGGCUUGUCUUCCCACCACUGGAAUGCCCUCAUGGUGCUAUCUUACUCAACUUCAAUGUAUUUCCGCUACAGCCAUCAGUCUCCUUCAUUAGAUUAUAAGGUACUCGAGGGCAGGGUCCAAGUCUCCUUUAUCUUUGCAUCUCCCCCUCAUUACUAUAUUACUAUCUUUACAUAUCACUAGGCAAAACAUGUGCAUGUUAAGUUGAAUAUAAUGGUUCAAUGUUAAUAAAUACAUCAGGAAGUGGGUCUCCUGGUCUUAAAGCCUUGCAAAGUCUUCCUUCUUCCCUUUGGACUGAAAUAAGUCAAUUAUCUUGUAAGUCUCCAUCAUUAAGGAGUUUAUAACUAGUAAGGGAGAUUAGAAGCCUUAACUUCAGCAAAUAUUCAACAAAAUAUUCAUUUAGUGUUUUUUUUUUAGUACCAGGAUAGUAAUAGUGAUAAAUUAAACAGUUGUGGUCACUGCCCUUAUAAUGACUUUAGUCUAGCAAGAAAAAUGGUCAAUAAAUGAACAAAUAUAUCUACAGUGAGACAUUGUAUCAAGUGCUAUGAAGAAAGUGAACAGUGAUUCAGGAUAAAAUACAAGCUUCAGAGAAAAUGCGGGUUGAAAAGUCAUUUGUGUUGUUGAGCUUGAUUGACGACACACGGUAUGAUACUCAUCAUGGAACCACAUGGAAAACCACUGCUAGGCAAAGCAAGCUCCCCAUGAUAUUUGCCCUGAGCAAUAAUGAGAGAUGACUUGUACAAGAUCCCAUCCACCUAAGUCUUAGCUCUUCUAAGAUCAGAGGAUCUCAGGUGAAGUCCUUCCUGGUUCAUAAGGGAUUUUGUUAAGCAAUGAUGCACACCAGCUACAUCGAAUUUGAAGCUGCAGUGUUUCAGGCAGGACUUAGAUUUUGUUUUUCCCCCAAAUUUAUAAAAGUUCAAACCUUUGCUCAGAUUGUAACAUCUUCAUAAUACCCUUCUAUUUUAGGCUGCCCUGGAGUGGUGGGCAGGGCAUUAUGGGGGCAGGAAGAGUCAGCUUUCUGUUUCUGUGUGGGAAUUUCACUGGAUGAUCUUAAUUUCCUCCUGUAACCUGGGAGUGCUCUGGUAUGGAGCAUGUGGUUGUGGUCAGCUGCCUUUGAGCUGACCCCUGAUUCAUGGUGACACCACGUGUGACAGAGUAGAAUUGCUCCAUAGGGUUUUCUUGGCUGUAAUCUUAAAGGAAGCAGAUCACCAGGCAUUUUCUUCCUUGGAGCCACUGGUUCCAGGAACAGAGGAAGUACUCAGAACCUGGUAGAUAUUGUCAUCAUCAAAUCGUGCUGGAAUAGACAUCCAUUGUUGCUGACAGAGUACAGACUCAGAGGUACCUGGAACCUCUGAAGAUAGAAGAAGGGUUGCUAUGAGUCCGAACCAACUGGACCGCACCUAAGGACAGCGCUUUAACGUGGUAGCUGUCAGGACAGCGAUUACCGUUGAAGGGGAGAAUAAUGACCUGAAGAGGCCACACAAGUUCUUCUGGAAUUGCAGUAAUAUUUGGCUUCUUGAUCUGUGGGCUCGUUCCAAGGGACCUGCCAAACCAAGUAAAAGGAAUAGGAAAGUGAGAAAUCCAAAAAGAAGGAAAAAUAUCUUUCAGGCUAUAUUGGCAUAAGCCAUAAGUCAGUUCUGCUAGGUCAAUAGCCAAAGGAAAUGAAGAGCAGAAUUUAUGGUGGCAAGUUGAUCUUUGACUCAAAUGCGAACGCAAUAUAAUUUCAUGUCUACUUGAUGGAACUACGUUUCUACAGGGAAAAAUAAAAAGCGACUCCUGAAGCAUGGUUGACCACAACCUUACCAGGGACCACGAUGAUAUCAGGAACAGCUCAUGCAAUCCUAUAUUGACACCAUAUUUAACCUGGCUUUACUGCAUAGUGUUCAUUGGAGGACUUGUAGGUGUUGUCUCCAUCUUGUUCCUGCUGGUGAAAAUGAACACCAGGUCUGUGACCACCACUGCUGUUGUUAACCUGGUGGUGGUGCACAGUGUUUUUCUCCUGACGGUGCCUUUUCGCUUGAUCUACCUCAUCAAGCGGACAUGGAUAUUUGGAUUGCCCUUCUGCAAAUUUGUGAGUUCCAUGCUGCAUAUCCACAUGUACCUCACAUUCCUGUUCUAUGUGGUGAUCCUGGUCAUCAGGUACCUUAUCUUCUUUAAGCGCAAGGACAAAGUAGAAUUCUACAGAAAACUGCACGCUGUGGCUGCCAGCACUGGGAUGUGGCUGCUGGUAAUUGUCAUUGUGGUGCCGUGGGUUGUUUCUCAGUACGGGACUAAGGAGAAAUAUGAUGAGGAACACUGUUUUACUUUCCACAAAGAACUUGCUAGAAAGCAUGUGCAAGUUAUCAACUAUAUGAUAAUCAUUAUUGUCAUAGCCAUUGCAGUGAUUCUCUUGGCCUUCCAGGUCUUCAUAAUUAUGUCGAUGGUGCGGAAGAUACGCCACUCCUUGCUAUGCCACCAGGAGUUCUGGGCCCAAUUGAAAAACCUCUUUUUUAUAGGGGUCAUCGUUAUUUGCUUCCUUCCCUAUCAGUUCUUUAGAAUCUAUUACUUGCAAGUUGUGGUGCGCUCAGAAAGCUGUGACACUAAUGGUGUAUUUUAUAACGAAAUCUUCUUGAGUGUAACAGCGAUUAGCUGCUUUGAUUUACUGCUCUUUGUUUUGGGGGGAAGCCACUGGUUUAAGCAAAAGAUAAUUGACCUAUGGAACUGCCUUUUGUGCCGUUAGCCACAAACUGCAGUGUUCAUGUGGAAAUGGACACAGGGGAGGCAAGAAUGAUUGUUCUAACACUUGAUCAAAACUAUGCCUUUGUGCAGCCAAACAAAUGGGAAAUAUCAACAGCACUCAUUCCAGUCAUUAUUUGAUCCCUAUGAAUCUCUGAAUGGUGUCCAUACAAAGACCAGUGAUGUUCAAUGCACUCAGAGUUGCAAUACUGCUUUAUUUUCCAGUACAAAAUGUCUACUAGGUCCAUCUAGGAAUGGGGUUUUUUAGAGUUUUAUUAACUCACUUUUUUUUCUGGUUUACUAGCUUUGAAGCAUGGUCUUUCUUAGGGUUUUGGACUGACUCAUCCAUCUGUUCACUCCACUUCACUUUAGAUAGGUUCUGGCCAUGAUCCAUCCCCAAAGACACAAACUCUACUUGGCUAACUGCAUAAGAAAGCCCACUCAGCUCAUUCCCCUGUUGAUAAAACAGAGAAGGGAGAAGAAUAAUAAGAAACUGUUCUCAAUUAUCACAAAUGUAGUGGGAAGUUACUUAUCUAGAAAUCAAGAGAAGCAGAACUCAUGGCCUUCUGUCAUAGCAAGUUUUACCAGGCUUGUUCUUUGAAAGGUCAAGUUUAUGGACAUGAGGCUCAAUUCUCUCAAUAUCACCAAUUGUACUGUUCCUCCAAAAAAUCAUGUAAAAGCCUAAUGAACCUAUUUGAAUAAUGGCAAAACUAUGACUUAGAGAAUAUUCCUGAUGAGUGUGCUGCUAGGCAUUAAAAUGAGUUCCCAAGGGAAGUGAUUAAAUUUUUGUCCCUUUUCUGUUGCCUGAAAAAUUUUUUAGAUGUCCUAGGUUACAGUUAAUUUGGAUUUUUCUUGGAUAUAGAAAAUUACAUUCUACCCUUAAAAUGAUGUGUCUUUAAAUAAAUAAAAACAACAUUAAAUAAUACUUUUGAAAAAUAUAUAGAAAACCCAUUAAUUUUGACUAUUAGAUUAGGCUGUAUGAAAAAGACCCUCUGUGAAUAUUUGAAGAAUGGAUGAAGAAAUGUACUUGAAGUAAUAAAAUUAUAAUCCUUUAAAGUAUGAAAUAAUUCAGAUUUUUUUUAACCAGGUUCUGAGUAGCUUUUUCCAAUGUUUAUUUCAUAACUUGUCACAUUUUACAUGUUAAACGGUGAUUUUUUUUUUUUUUCAAGAACCUCUAGUAAUGACUACGUUGAUAUACAGGCUCUUCUCCCCCCUGCCCUCCUAAAGUUUCACAUACUUGAAACUUUCCAAAGAGCUGAUUUGAUUUCAUAUUUAAUGCUUCAGAAAACCUGAAACAGUUAAUGGUGUGAAUUAAAGAACCGAAUGAGUUAAGGAAACUUUGUUUUUUCUUCAGCUAGGCAAAUCUUCAGUAUUUAAAGGUUUUUCUUAAUUUAUCAUUUGAUGAGUUCACCAGUUCAUCAGAUGAAUAAGAAAUAUGCUGUGAGUUUCUAUGAUUACUAAAGUAAUUAAGUCAUAGAAAUUAAUUGUGAGGAAGAAAAGCAGCAACAUAUUGCAUACAUAACUUAUUUCACAAUUUUUCUUGCUUCAAAUUUUCUCCUUUUGGUCUUUUAUUCUUUUUUUAAAGUUAUACUUCUUUCAUUUGUCAUUUGUCAUCUUUUCACAUUUAUUUUCUUAGUUUUUUCCCUUUGACCCGUACAAUUUGUAAGAAAAAUAAAUAUAGUAAAAUAUUUCUAAAAAUUUUAAAUUAUUUGUGGGGAUUUCGUCAAUGUUUUCUUCUUUUAUGUCUGUAUUUUACUAUCAUAAUAUCUUUAGUUUGUAGAUUAUAUUAUAAUCUCUUCCAGAUUUUAAAUAUGUCUGGUCAAGCAAUUAUGCUUUUCUCUGUAUUAUUAUAUAUCAUAAUAAAGUGCGUAUUUCUUGUGAGCCAAUAAGAAAUAUUACCCAAAAUAUAGAAGUUCAAUAUUCCAUAAUAUAAAAUAUCCUAUUCAUCAGUAUUUACAGAAUAAAGACAAAAAAAAAAUUCAGUUUGCC